CCAACGGCACGGAAUAACGAUUCGCGGGUAUUCCUUUGCGAACCUGCAAGGCUUUUCUCAGCACAACAGCUGCUCACAGUCAAUCGCCAUAAUGGCAUCAAACCCGUCACCACGGUCUUCUGCGCCUCAAUCGAAGAAAUCCAUCGCCGGCCCCGCCGACAGCAAUAGCGACGCCGUGAAGCGCGCCGAAUACGCAAAAGCUGCCAACGCGCAAUAUGGGCGCGGCGAGAAAAUCCGCACGAAAGCGGUCAAGGACGUCAAGUUGCGCGCAAACCUCAAAUCCCUCGAAGCGAAGAAUCGGGAAGCCACCUUCCAAGCAAAACAGGCCGAAAUUCUUCUAGAGCACGAGGCCGGUUUGUUGGAGCCGGAACAUGAGUUGGAAAAGACAUAUAAAGUUAGGCAAGAUGAUAUACAGAAGGAGGUCUCGAUUGAGACCGCGAAGAAGCGCUUCGAACUGAGAUUGGACAUGGGCCCAUACGAUGUGGGCGAAUACACCAGGAACGGGCGCGAUCUUCUGAUUGCGAGCCGCAAAGGGCACCUAGCAUGUCUAGACUGGCGCGACGGAAAGCUGGGAUGUGAGCUGCAGCUCAACGAAACAAUUCGAGAUGCCAAAUGGUUGCACAAUAACCAGUCAUUCGCUGUGGCGCAAAAGAAUGCUGUCUACAUCUACGCGCGAGACGGUGUCGAGAUACAUCAACUGAAGAAACACCAAGAGCCAGCGUACCUAGAAUUCCUUCCAUACCACUUCCUCCUCGCCUCCAUAUCGACUUCGGGUUUCAUCCGCUACACCGAUACCUCGACAGGUAACAUGCUCUCCGAACUCCCCACCAAACUCGGCCCACCCACUUCUUUCUGUCAAAACCCCCACAACGCCAUUCUUUUCGCUGGGCACCAAAAGGGCCUUGUCACCAUGUGGUCACCAAAUACAACCACUCCGCUCGUCAAGAUUCUUCCUCAUCGCGGACCCGUACGGGCCAUGGCUGUCGAUAAAAGCGGAAACUACCUCGUCAGCACAUCGCAAGACCGGCGCAUGAGCAUCUGGGACAUACGAAUGUUCAAGGAGCUCCACUCGCACCAUCUCAAACAGCCCGCCCACACAAUCUCCAUAUCUGACCGCAAUGUCACCGCCGUAGGCUGGGGCUCUAACCUCUCCAUCUACAGCCCUUCCAUCUUCUCCCUCUCCCCAGACUCAUCCGUACGCGUCCCCACACCCUACAUGACCUACUCCGAAAACGGCGUGGCCCUCUCUCGCGCACGCUUCUGCCCCUUCGAAGAUGUCCUCGGCAUCUCCCACGCCAAAGGCUUCACCUCCAUUCUCGUCCCGGGCUCCGGCGAACCCAACCCCGACUCUCUCGAGCCCGGCACAAACCCCUUCGAAACCACCAAGCAGCGCCAGGAGUCCGAAGUCCACGCUCUCCUCGAGAAGAUCCAACCCGAAAUGAUAUCGCUCAAUCCCAAUUUCGUCGGAAACUUGGACCUCGCGUCCGACGAGCAGCGCAGGCGAGAGCGCGAUCUCGAUGCCAAACCCGAGGAUAAGAUUGCCGAGCUCAAGAAGCGCAAGCAGAGGGGAAGAAAUAGCGCGCUUAAGCGAUACCUGAGGAAGAGCGGACAGAAGAACGUCAUUACAGAUGAGAAGGUCAGGGCGAGGGAGGCUUUGGAGGCACAGAAGGAGAGGAGGAAAGAAAGAUACGAGCAUGAGAAACAAGAGUUUGGACCUGCCUUGGGGAGAUUCGCUAGGAAGUGA